CGCGAGAUUGAUAUUCAACGAGCGCCUCUCGGCUGGGCAAUUGAGCGUUUUAUAUCGCGCGAAACUUUAAGCGCUCCUUAAAACACGUUUUGUCUUGAGAACGUUAAGCUCCCACGGGGAUCUUACUAGUGUUUACGGCCAAACUUUGCUGUGAAAUUUUAAACGAAGUUGUAUUACACGGCCUAUAUCGUAUAUAUAUAUAAAUUUACUGCGUUACCGACCGCUUGGACUUUCGAAGUCUGCGGGAUUCCGUAACAGAGAGCGGUACGUAACAGUUCGCGAAGUAAGCGCGAACGUCAGCGGUUAUCAAAUCACUAUUGAAGUCUCCACAUAGAUACUAAAGUCUUCAUUAUUUGCACAAACUUUCUUUUCUUAAUCCUUGAUACAUACUGUAUACAUGCGCGCGCAUGCACGCACACACACAUAUGUCUUCUUUCAUCUUUUAUUCUAUCGCGGUGACCUCAUUUUUUAAUAAGAGAGAAAGCUAAGAGAGAUAGAACGCGUACAGUUGAGGGAAAAUAUUUCAAGGCUGCGUCGAAAUUUGAGAGAUUUGAAAUUUACAAAUUCCGUCGAAUUUAAAGGACCAGUGGUGAAUUUCGAGAUAUAUAACGUUGUAGAGGCUAUUAUUUUUUUAUUAUUUUGCUGAUACAUAAAUGAUUACUCACUGUUUUGUUGAGGCUUAAAGAAGAAUUUAUUAAAGAAUUAUUUGAUAUUCGAUCACCUUUGGCUGCACUUGAUCUUUAUUCGUAAUUUUACACGCAAACAAAUAAUAUAUUAAUUAUAUAAAGUAUUCAAUAUAUAGAUCAAGCAAAAAUUAAAUAAUUCAAUAAAACUGAAAAAAAUAACUAAAAAAUAACAACUUUUCUUAUUUAAUAUAAUCUAUAGGAAAACGUAUAUCAUAAUCUAUAGGAAAAGUACUAUAACUGCAAAAAUAAAUCGUGGCUUUCGUGGUUUUCUACUAUGCGUUUCGUGUAGUCUCAUUUCGCGAGUUUUUCAUGCGAGGUAAUGCAGUUAUUUUCUGUUUUGAUUAUAGAUACGUGGAGACUGAAAUUAUGUCUUAGUACUUUAUCGAAUCACGUGAUAUUUACUCCCUAAAUAUAACGCCAUAAUAUUUAUCGUGAUAUUUACUCCCUAUGCUCUCCUCCCAGCGCCUCGCGUAGUCUUUUUAAUAAAUAUAUAUUUCCCUCUUUCGCACCCCCGUCGGUUCUUUUCCCUGCUCAAGAGAACCCGAGUUUAUCUCUCUCACUUUCUUCCCUUCGCUUGCGAGUGGAAUAUAUUAUUGUUUUCUAUUUUAUGUCAGAAAUUUCAACAGCGAUUCAAAAUUCAAAACAAAUGAAAAGAAAGAUGUUGCAGAGGUAACAAAAUAGUAGUUGCUAGUACACAGUAAUAACGCCGUAUAUCAACAAAGACUCAAGAUGGGACUUGUGAAAUGUUUUGGAAACGAAGAUCAUUGGUCGACACGCGAUAUUGUUGCCCUUUCCGUCGGUUGUUUUGGUAUUUUCGUACGCAGCGUACCUUUCCGAAUCAUUACGUUUGGAGUUGACGAACGACAAACAUUGUGACGCGAGUGUAUCGGCGCGUUAUCAUUCGCGUCGACCUUUGAAUUAUGCAUUUAAUCGGGUUCCCGUUGGUAUCACGUUAAUUAAUAUUUAUACGAUCGAAUCGUAUCUACGUGCGUGUCAGUGUCAGUGCUACAAUGGAAUAUCCAGAGUGGCCGGGAGCAAGAUGCUGGAGUGGAAAGCCAGGACGGUGGAACACGAGCAGCGAUACAAAUCUUGUAUUACCAGAUACCCACUAGAACCGGAGGAGAACGAAUACGAUGAGUAUCAUUUGUUGCUGAACGGUUCCAUCUUCGCACCGCAACAUGUGCCGCCCAUGCUCGUGCCGGGCGAGCAUUACUGCAUGGAAAUCGUGUUCGAAAGCAAAUCGGACAAGCUGCUUCUCAAGCCGUUCAUUUGUUUUGACGAAGACAGUGUCACCAAGGGCGCAGAUACCAAGAUCAUUAUUUAUGCCUGCGGGCUCUUGAUCUCUGUUCCCUUCUUGAUUCUCACCAUCGUGGCGUACAUGAUAACGCCGAAAUUGCGGGACGUCCACGGCAAGGCCCUUUGUCAUUAUUGCGGUUGCCUGGCGCUGGCCUUCAUCACUUUGGCGAUUACGCAACUCGCGAGCGCGCAAAUGCCACCUGAACUUUGCUUUAGUAUAGCGUUCGUCAUCCAGUUCUCAUUCGUGGCCUGCUUCUUUUGGCUGAACGUGAUAUGCAUCGAGACGUGGCUGAUGGUGCGCUACCACGUGAAUCAACGCUCGUAUCAGCGUACUCCGUGCAAGAUGCUGUUCUUCUACUACUCUAUAUGGGCCUGGGGCCCGUCGGCGGUCCUCAUUCUCAUCUCGAUGGCAAUGGAUCUCAAUCCCACGAUACCCACGACUUACGUGAAACCCACAUUCGGCAAAGACAGCUGUUGGUUCAAAUACUCCGAAAGCGCGAGAAGGUCGAUAUUAAUCAUUCUCACUCCUCCCACAGCCGACGAGGAAGCGAUGCCGUACUUCUACGUGCCGGUUGGCCUUCUGCUGCUGGCCAACAUGAUCCUCUUCGUGAUCACAGCCGUUAACAUCAACAAAUAUCAGCAACAGCUCACGCUGCGACGUCUGCUGAGGAACGACCGGGUGGAGCAGAAGCUCUUCCGCCGGCUCAAGCGGACCUUUUUCGUUUGUCUGGUGCUCUUCUUCCUGAUGGGUCUCAAUUGGACGAUGGAACUGAUCUCCUGGUGGAUCGAUGCCGAUCAACUGGACUGGUCAGCGUUCGACCUAGUGAACGCGCUCCAAGGCGUGCUCAUCUUCGGUCUGUUCGUCCUAAGAAGGCCGAUCAGAGACUUCGUGUGGCAUCGGAUACAGAAAAUCCGCGGGAUCCACACCGCGGAACCGGAAGUCGGCAGCAUGGAACUGGCGCUGUUGCCAGUGAUGCCUAUGAACGGUGACUCCGGGCUGCCCGGACAGACUCAUUUAAUAAUAACGUAGAUAAUGUCGAGCCUGUUCGCGUAAGAACAGUGACGUUUCACAUCGAAGCUAAGUUUGGCCGUGAGAUCGUGAAAUCGGCCGAAGCGACCGUUGUACGAGUCGAUAAUCGGGUCCCGUGAAUGGUGGAGCGAGUCGAAGGCGCGCUCACACCAUGAGACAGAAGUUAUUUUAACUCGUCGUCACCACGGCGCCAGACUAAAAACGCCUUUCUCGACGAGUGACAUUUUACGAGCGACAUGGACAUAUCGCCGCGCCGAGUUCGACGCGAUUCCCGCUGCUGAACUCGCCGACGGCAAUCGCCGCUCGCAUACUUAUCUGACUUCUUUAGUUAGCGCGGAAUUAGUCCGUGAUGUGCGAUGCUUUCUUAAGAGGUUAGUCCUAAGUACAGUCCUAAGAGGUGUGAGGCGAUUUUUACUUAUACACACUCAAGUCGAAUCGCGCACAAUGCUCGAAAGUGUAAUAGAACUCUAGUCCUUUUCUCUUUUAGUAUACGAUAUCCGCGGACGACGGAAGAACGUGCAGUGCCGCGUACGAACUAACGUUAAUGACAUUCGAACAUAUGUUUCUUCGAAUAUAAGGUACGUCCGCGCUUGCAUAGUGAGAAUUUCUGCGUGAAUGUGUGACGGUGAAACCGCGAUGUCUGAUAAAAAUAGAUUAUUCACGUCGGCAUCAUAUUAUGUAAUGCAUGAUUUAUUUUCUUCUCCUACGAUGUGCACAGCCGUGUGCCGUGUGUCUCGACUCGUACAUGCACUGAUUGUAGAA